ACCCAAGAUAAAGUCCUCUUUAAUGUCCGUCACACUGCUGCUCCACGUUUUGCUUUCUGAUCGCUGGCUCCAUGUGCAGCCAGGUGAUUACUUGUUAAGCCUUCCUGCUAGAGAGGGGUCACAGGGAGUCGGAAAAACUGAGCAGACGGGACACUGAACAGAGCACAAGUGGAACCGUACUCAAGGAGGACAAAAAGAAACUGCUGCUCAUUUUCGUUGUCUUUUCCCACCAUUGGGGAAGAGUAAGCAAACAGUCAACAGUAUGUCCAAGGCAGGAGACAGGACACCCUCCACCACCUCUGUUGACUCAGCCUCCACAGAGGGCAACGGUUCAGUCUCUGAUACACCCAAGAAAUCCUCAAAGAAGUCCAAGAAAACCACAGAGAGCAUGACCAAAGUCUACAACUCUGUGCUGAACAGUGUUUUCGGGGCGGACAGAGAAUUAGCUCAGGCAGAGUUGGAUGAGUUGCAAGAAGCGUUCAAAGAGUUUGACUAUGAUCAGGAUGGAUAUCUGAACUACAAAGAUGUGGCUGAAUGCAUGAGAACCAUGGGAUACAUGCCCACAGAAAUGGAGCUGCUGGAGAUAGUUCAACAAAUCAAAAUGAGAAUGGGGGGGUUGAUGGAUUUUGAAGACUUUGUUGAACUGAUGGGACCCCGGAUGAUGGGAGAGACUGCUCAUAUGCUUGGACUCAAAGAGCUCCAAUCAGCCUUUGUGCAGUUUGAUCUCGAUGGAGACGGGAAGAUCAACCAGGAUGAGAUGAAAGAGGCGAUAAAGUCACUCCUGGGGGAGAAGCUCAAGAAAGGAGAACUGGAGGAGAUUUUAAAGGAGCUGGACAUUAACGCAGACGGAAACAUUGACUUUGAAGAGUUUGUGAUGAUGCUCUCCAUCCGCUAGCCUGAGAGACCGACAACAGGGGGAAGACAUACAAUCUAUUCUGUAGUAGUCAACAUAGAGGACACAAUUCUGGACACAUUUGGACUGUUUGUAAAGUAGAUAUAGACUUCUACAACAUAAUAUGUGCCUAAAUCUGUAAGAAAUGCAAAUGAUAGAUAAAUGAAUGGGAGUGACGUGGUCUGAUUACUGCGUGGCAUGAAAUAUGGUGUGAGAGCUAUUCUGCUGGAUGGAAAAACUGCUGCAGUUAUUCAAUAUGUAAA